AUGCCAGAACAUUUCCGCAAACACAUGAGCGUCACGAUGCCGCCGCGUCGACAGCCUUUGACGGCAAUUCCUCCACCAGAAGUGAGCAGGAUCUUAAAGGACGACCAUGCCGACAGAGCCCUAGAAUGUGGCAGCAGCGAUGGCAACAAACCACGACAAGGAAUCCCUUGCGAUAUACAACCCUCGGCGAAGCAAGAAUCGUGGCGAGAUAGCUUUCACCAUGUUGUGUCGGCUAAGACGCCCAAGACCGACUCAGCAUUCAUCAUAGCCGACAACUUCUCUCAGAACCUGCUCAGGCGAGGAGAAAUACCCAUGUUCAACGCUCAGCCGUCAGCAGAGUACAUUUCCACCAACAUUCAGCGCAAUGGCCCUCGAGAUGGCACAUCCCCAAUAGGUGACUGGAUCGCAUAUGGCGCGACGGUGUGGGUCGUUUUGGAGCAGUUCGAAAUCAUCAAUGGUCAACCCUCAUACCUGGCUGUGCCGAAAGGCAUCUACACGUCCUAG